AUGCGUCUCUCUCUCCUCCCCCUGGGAGCUUUCCUCCUUGCCACCCCUACCUUAUCCGCCCCCUCUUUCACAGGGGAACCAGACUCCUCAGGUAAAUACUGGCUCUUCGCCCCAGGCAUAACAGCCUCCUUCAUCCCCUACGGCGCCUCCAUCUCCAACCUCUUCAUCACCGACAAGAACGGCAUAGACCGUGACAUCGUCCUCGGCUUCGAUAACGCAACCUAUUACUCUGUCGAUCCAGUUCACCCUCACUUUGGCGGCGUGCCCGGCCGGUACGCCAACCGCAUCAAGAACUCGACCUUCACCCUUGACGACGAUGGAGAAGACUACCACAUCAGUCCCAAUGAAAACCCCACCGCAGCCCACCCAGCAGGUGUGAACACCCUCCACGGCGGCCCCGACGGCUGGGAUCACAGAAACUUCACCGUCGUCUCCUACACCAAGUCAUCCAUCACGUUCAGCCUUGUCGACCCCGACGGGAAAGAGGGGUUUCCAGGGGAAGUAAUCAGUUACAUCACCUACACUUUGUCAAACCGAACCUGGGACGCAAAAAUGGUUGCUAUUCCUACAACAAAGAAAACUCCAAUCAUGCUGUCUAGUCACACCUACUGGAACCUAGACGGGUUCGCAAACACGGAAGCUCCUACCGCGUUGAACCAUACAUUUUACCUCCCCUUUUCAGGGCAGACGGUGGCUGUGGAUAGCAUCCUCAUUCCCACGGGGGAAAUCUCCCCUGCCCCCAAGGGGUCCGUCAACGACUUCUGGUCUGCACCCAGACAAAUAGGCGAGGGGUUUUCCCUUGAGGGGAUCGAGGGAAACUGCGGGGGGGGUUGCACGGGUUACGACAACUGCUGGCUCGUCAACAGGAACUACCCCUACGAUUGGAGGUCGGAGGACAAAAUGGUGGCUAGUCUGGCGAGUGAGUGGUCGGGAAUAAAACUGGAGAUUUGGUCGGAUCAGGAGGCGUUUCAGAUGUAUAGCUGUAAUGGGAUGAACGGGAGCAUGCCGAUCAAGGCGACGCAGGGGAGGGAUGACGGGACCGGGUCGAGAGGGGUGGAAAAGUACGGGUGUGUUGUUCUGGAGGUGCAGGAUUGGAUCGAUGGGAUUAAUCACCCUGAGUGGGGGAGGGGACCAAAGCAGAUCUUUGAGCCGGGGGGGGAUCCGUAUGUUUUGCAGGUGAGGCAUCGCUUUAGCGUUGAUGCUUGA